CGUAGCGAAAUCGGCGGAGUUGUGCUCUGAAGUGUAAAUAGUACUAUAAAAAAUUUAGAUUUUUAAACUAAUUUGGAUCAAAUUUAUGUGUUAAUAUGCAAUAAAUUACAAAAAUUUUGAAUGUUUUGUUAGUUUUCUAAGGAAGCAGAAGUUAAACAGUGUUUAUUAUUUUCUAAGUAGUUAAACUUCUACGCGCAAUGAGACAUCUAUUGGUCAUCUCAGCUGAUAAAUAAAUUUUUCCCGCCAAUACUAUACCUCCGACUCAUGAAAGCUAAGUACUUUUUUAUUUACAUUCCUUGAACACCUUUUUGUUUAUGUGGAAAAAAUGGGUGCAACUACUCCUAAUGAGCAAGAAAUACGAGAAAAAUUUCAGGAAUUAUGUGCAGAUCUUAACAUGGAUGGAAACGCCACUGAUGAAGCGUGGCAAUCAUUUUUAAAGAUUAGCAACACUUACACUUUAGAGGGUGAUGCCUUACAUUGGCUGGCUUGUGCCUUAUAUGUUGCCUGUCGAACUAUAGCUGUCCCAACUGUUAAAGGAAGUGUUGUUGAAGGCAAUUAUGUUUCUCUAACAAGACUAUUGAGAUCUUGUAAAUUUAGCCUUGUUCAAUUUUUUAGUAAAAUGAAAAAAUGGGCCGAUAUGGCCAAUCUCCCCAAAGAAAUGCGAGAUAAAGUUGACAGAUUAGAAAGAAGUUUUAAUGUUUCUACUGUAAUAUUUAAAAAGUUUGAACCAAUUUUCUGUGAUAUCUUCAAAGACCCAUUUAAAGAUCCUCCUCGUCCAGCACGAAGUAGAAAACAAAGAAGAAUUCCUUGCACAUCUUCAGAAGUGUUUGCAUUCUGUUGGACUCUAUUUAUUAGAGUAAAAGGACACUUUCCUGCAAUAUCUGAAGAUUUAGUAAAUUCUUUCCAUUUACUACUAUGCUGUGUUGAUUUGAUGUACUGUAAUGCCUUACUUGCUGAUAGAAAAGAUAUUUUAAAUCCAGAUUUUGUAGGUCUACCACCUGAAUUUGAUACUAAGAAUUUCAUAAUACCUUUUGAACCUCCUUGCAUUAUUGAUUUAUUGUGCAAUAAACACCAAGGUAUUGCUGUUGAAGCAAAAGGAAUUAAAGAGCAUUGGUGGAAGCCUUAUAUAAAAAAGCUUAUGGAAAAGAAAAUCCUGAAAGGAAAAUUAGAAUCCUUGGCAGGUUUAUUGGACACUCAAAAUUUUGAGUUAAAUAGUAAAGCAAUAAAUAAAGAGUAUGAAGAACAUGUUCUAAAUGUUGGUGAUUUUGAUGAAAGAAUAUUUUUGGGUGAGAAUGCUAGUGAAGAAAUUGGAACUCCUGCCAAAGGUUAUCAUCCAGGAAUGUCGGAAUUUGCUGAGAGAAUGAAAGAAGUGAGAGGGAACCUACAGCAAUACAUGCAAGAAACUAGAUCACUGUUGCCUUCAACUCCCCUGACUGGUAGAAAAUAUCUGAAAGACAAAGAUGCUGCAUAUAUAACCCCAGUUAGUACUGCAACUCAGGGAGUUAGUCGUUUACAAAAGUUGUUGCUUGGAAGAGAACCCAAACCAAGUGAAGUGCUUCGAUCUAUUUUUAAAGAAUGCAGCACGAAUCCAGAAGAAAAAAUAAUCAAUCGAAUAAAAGAAAUGGGUGAAACCUUUUGUACCUGCUAUGCAAUGCCAUCUGAUGAUCAUAUAGGAUCACACACAGAGUUUGCUAAGAAAAGACUAGCACUGGGGGAGAAUUUAUAUUAUAAAGCACUAGAAGACAUAAUGGUUUUGGAACAAAAACGUUUACCACCGAAGACAGAUUUCUCAACUAUGUUGGAUCUUGAUGCUUUCCACAGUUCCUUAUUUGCUUGUUGUUUAGAGAUUGUGAUAUUCUCUUAUAAUUCUCAGAGGUCCUUCCCAUGGGUUCUGCAAAUAUUUAAUCUUCAGCCAUAUUAUUUUUACAAAGUGAUAGAACUACUUAUCCGUGCUGAAGAUGGAUUAUCCCGUGAUGUUGUAAAGCAUUUAAAUCAUAUUGAAGAACAAAUUUUAGAAAGUAUGGCUUGGAAAUCAGAAUCUCCUUUAUGGGCUGCUAUUGAAGCAUCAGGUUUGGGUGUACCAUCUUGUGAAGAUGUGUCCUUACCACGUCCACCAAAUUCAAGUAUGCAUCAUUCCUCACAAUUAGUUUCAUCACCUUUGGCUCAUCCUGCGGUUCGAAGAGUAACUAGUGAACGAAAAAAUCCACAAUCGCCUGUUGGACUAAGUGAACGUUUCCAAUCGCCUGCACCAGCGGCAAUGUCAAGUGCAAGAAGAAGGCUGUUUGCAACAACAUCUGCUUCUGGUACUGGACAGGUAACGCUGACUACCAGCCAAACAGUUGGAAAUAGUAUUUCUGUUGGCGAGACAACAAUUAUUAACACUAAUCCAAUUAUGAGUCCUGGGCGUAAUGUGACUAUUAUAUUACAACAAGUUCAGAGUGAUAAUGGUAUCACAUAUCUACCAGCUCAAAUAACAAGGUCUCCUUUGACUCAAGGCAAUCAACAAAUCACUUGUGUGAAAGCUGCUGUUGCUAAUAGUAAUAGUAUCACAGUUCCUGUCAAUGCUACAUCAAAUGUUCAAGCAAAAACUCCAUCAGAAACAAUGAUUAAACCUAAAAGGACUGGCUCCUUGGGUUUAUUUUUUCGAAAGGUAUAUCAUUUAGCCGGUGUGCGGCUCAAAGAAUUGUGUGAUAGACUUAUGAUAACAGAUGAAGAAUUAAGACGUAAAAUAUGGACAUGCUUUGAGUACUGCAUUAUGAAACACACUGAUCUGAUGCGUGAUCGACAUUUAGAUCAACUGCUUAUGUGUUCUGUAUAUGUUAUUUGCAAAGUUACUAAAGAAGAUAGAAGUUUCCAAGAAAUAAUGAAGCAUUACAGGUUACAGCCUCAGGCUGCUAGUCAUGUGUAUCGAAGUGUACUUUUAGCCAGUAAAGGCAAAAAGCGAAGAAAUUCAGGCAGUAGCGAAAACAGCAAAGAUGGAUCUGGUUCAAAUUCACCUGUUCCGUCUGAGAACUCAAAAAGUGAAAAUACAGAUAAAGAUGAAAAAGAAUCAAAAAGAACCGAACAGUUGAGCACAAUACGAUCAUCCAGUACUCUACCUGUACCUCAUCCAAGUAGUCAGCCUCCCACUCCCACCAAAUUAACUGGAACUGGUACUCAUUUCGAAUUUGAGGAAAGAGGAGACCUCAUUAAAUUUUAUAAUAAGGUUUAUGUGCCAAAACUUCAAAAGUUUGCUUACAAGUUUUCACAGACAAACAAUGGUCUUGAAUCUCCACCUCUAUCACCUUUGCCAAGAUUGAAUGCCCAUCCUUCAUCUCCUUGGAGAAGAGUCUCUAACAAACACUCUCUGUAUGUAGCUCCUCUGACCAAUACACAGUUCCCUCCCUCCCCAGGAAAACCACUUUCCUGUUGCUUCAAUAAAAGCCCUGCAAAGGAUCUACGAGCAAUAAACAAUUUUGUGAAGCUUGGAGACAAAAAGGUUGUGAAACGACUUCUGCAGGAUGAUAAUGAUAAUGAAAAUCCUCCUAAACGAUUAUGUGAAGAUCUCACAUUAAGAAAAAUUCAGGAUGUUAUCACUGAAAGACAAGGUGGAAAUAAUAAUGGACUUCCGGAAUAAGUUGUAUUUCUUUACAAAUUCGCAUGUCAACUUAAAAUUAUUUUUAUUGUUCAGACAUUUGUGUUCACUGUAGAAAACCUUUGUUUCCACUGUUGUUAUUUACUUUGGAAUGUGUACUGCCAUUUUUGUUUAUGAAGUCACUGUUUUAUUUGAGGUCAAAGAUACCUCAAGGGUUUUUAUUUGUGUAGUAUUAAAAAAAAAAUGUACAUUACUUUUUGUUUUCUUUUAUUGUUAUGUAUAUUAACUAUGCAAUGUAGGUACAAUUAUGUUAAGCAUUGCUGUAAACUAUUAUGUGCUUUUUAAUGUAUAUUGCUUUUAACUGCUAUUGAUUGUGUUUUAAUUUUCUGAAAUUCUAUUUAUAUUUUAAUUAGUAGGAAUUGCUCUUGCAUUUUAUUAAAAAAGAACGCUUUGUUUUAAUACUGGCCGUUUAUAAAGACUUCAUAAUAUAAUUAUGAAAAGGAAAAGAAUGUACUGAAAUAAAAAUUCAAUUUCAUAACUGAAACUGUAAAGCAGCCAUUAUAAGAUUUCUCUAUAUUCAUAUAGAAUUAAAAUUCUUUCAGUAGCAAUGUGCAGAAUAAUGUACUUGUUGAGUGAAUAUUAUCAGAUUUAAAUUUCAAAAAUUACUUAAUUGUAGAGCUGAGUCAAAUUUCAAAUCAUUAUUUAUAUUUUUUAUAAAUUAUUUGUCAAGUAGAUUUGUUUGAUUUUUGAUUUAAUGAAUGUAUAGUUUGAAUAUGCUAGUUUUUCAGAUCAAAAUUUUGUUUGAACUUAUUCUGCAUGCAUAUGAUAUUAAUAAAGCAUCAUACAAAAUUAAAUAAAUGAAUUUCAGACUUACAUCAUGUGCCAUUUAAAUUUCAACUUUUAAACCAUUUAUAGUUUCCGGUUAAAUGCAUUUGGGAAACUGAACUAGAGUACUGGAAUUCAUAUAUUUUUAUAUCAAUGGAAAACUUUUGUUGUAAAAAUUUGAAAAAUACUUGUAUUAACAUUUUACUUUAAAAAUAAUUCAGUUACAUUAAAGAUUUUUUGUAUAUAAUAAUCUGCCUGAUUUAAUCAGGCUGUUGUGAGAAAAUUCCGAGAGCAAUACAAUAAUCGAAUAUAAAUAUGCAAUGAAGCCAACUCCAAAGUGUUGGUUUAAUGAUAGAAUGAAUGAAUGAAACUUUUUUAAAAAUCAUAUAUGUGUUAAAUAAAUCCUGUAUUUUUAUUACCCUAAAAUUUCAGACUGUGCUUAUAUUCAAAUUUAUCAUAUUUAAUAUUUUAGAAGAAUUUCUUGUAUUUUAUUGAUGUGCAAAUGAUCCAUGUUGCUAAUUUUACAGCACGGAUAGUUGAGAGUUUUUAUGACGUUUGUUUCCUUUGUUAUGUUAAUUCAAUUUGUUAUGUUUAUCAAUCCUUGUUUUCUUAGAUACUUUAUAUUAAUAUUUUUGUAUGUUUAUGAUUCAAUGAAGUAUUUGUGAUGUCCUGUCUGCUUUUAA